AUGUCACGAACAGCGAAAGCAACAUUAGUAUCUGUGAUAAUUUUAUCAACGGGAACUAUAUUUGGAGUUCAUUAUCUUCAAAAAAAAGAAAAAGAGUUUAUGCACGCAGGAAUAAUAAGAGAUAAAGAACGUAAACACGAAAAAUUGAAGCAAAAUCAGUUAGAACAUGAACGACAAAUUAUGUUACGAAAAGAAUAUGAAAAAAUUCAACCUGUAUUACCACGUGAAAAUGAAAAAUCUUGA